ACGAUCGAAAUGAAACCGUAUCGCAGGACUAACAAAGUAUUCAUGCAGCAAAUACGUACAGCCAGUCGAAUAGGCAGGGCCCGCCUGCUACUCCUAGAAUUCGCCAAAGACAUUCACUCCCUUUGGCGCUACGGAGCUCCAUUCCCGACCUUCCUCAAACUCAUCGGCACGCUGCUCCUCUGCCUUAUCGCCAUAAUGCCGCUGCUGUAUCCUAUUUUCGUCGCUGCUAUCACUUAUAUAACCUGCGAGGGUCUAUUUUUAAGGGGGCUUGCACAAUACACGAAGUUCCCUGAGGGUUUUACAUUCGGGGUCGCCACAGCAGCCCAUCAGAUAGAGGGCGCGUGGAAUGUAAGCGGCAAAUCUGAAAAUGUAUGGGACCGGCUCUCCCAUAGUCGACCAUGGAUGAUUGCUGAUGGCACCAACGGAGAUGUCGCGUGUGACUCCUACAAUAGAUACCAGGAAGAUGUUGAUGCACUGGCUUACAUAGGCGUGGACUUCUAUAGAUUUUCUCUAUCCUGGGCAAGAAUUCUUCCCACAGGACGUGUCGACUUCGUGAACCCUGACGGGAUCCGCUACUACAAUGAUCUUCUCGAUGCUUUAGCCGAGAAAAAUAUUGAGCCACUGGUAACCUUGUUCCACUGGGAUUUGCCACAGACACUUCAAGAUCUGGGUGGGUGGGCUAAUCCGAAAAUGAUUGACUACUUCCGCGAUUACGCCGACUUGUGCUUUAGAGAGUUUGGUGAUAGGAUAAAAUCCUGGAUUACAUUCAACGAACCAUAUGAAAUUUGCGAGGACGCUUAUGGUGACGAUAAAAAAGCUCCUGCAAUUGACAGUCAUGGUGUCGGAAACUAUUUAUGCAGUGAAACACUUCUUAAGGCGCAUGCGGAAUCUUAUCACUUGUACAAUGAGACCUAUAGACCAAAACAGAAUGGAAGAAUCAUGAUCUCAAUCAACUCUAUAUGGUAUGAGCCAAAUGAUCCUGAAAAUGCUGAACAAGUUGCUCUGGCUGAAGUAGCGAACCAGUUUAAAUUUGGAUGGUUCGCACACCCAAUAUUUACCGCAGAAGGUGGAUAUCCUACUGCCAUGGUGGAGAAUGUGGCUCAGCAAAGCAAAGAAGAGGGUUUGCCUAAACCACGUUUAGAACAAUUUGACGAUUACUGGAUCCAGCGCAUUAGAGGAACUUCUGACUUUCUGGGUAUCAACCACUACACCACACACUUGAUUACGGGAGCCGGUGUGGAUACCCUUGCCAAAUCACCUUCUUGGCUGAAAGAUAUCGGAGCUGUAACGAGUUUGAAAGUUGGCAGUGAUUCGGCGUCUGAAUGGCUUCGAGUGGUGCCUACUGGAUUCGCAAACUUUUUACGUUGGUGCAAAAGUUCCUACAACGACCCACCGAUCUACAUAACUGAAAACGGAUUCUCUGAUCGUGGAGCUCUGUUAGAUUACGGAAGAAUUAAGUAUUUCAAUGAUUACUUGUCUGAAAUUUUGAAUGUGAUCUACGAUGAUGGUGUCAACAUUCUCGGCUAUACAGUGUGGACACUUAUGGACAAUUUUGAAUGGCGAGCUGGAUUUUCAGAACGUUUCGGUUUAUACAAAGUCGACAUCACGGAUCCUAACUUACCGCGAACACCAAAGCUGUCUGUUGAAUACUGGAAGCAGCUGUGCGCCACACGAGAAUUACCUCAAGACGAGCGCUUUAUAGAACCCGCUGAGAGGAGGCGUGUAUGAAACUUGCACUGAUUGCAUCUAGCAGGAAUGGCUUAAUAUGUAUGCAAUAUUUUAUUUAUGAAUAAAUUAUAACUAACA